AUGAAAGAUGAUGUUUAUGAGCACAUCAAACUGGAUAUGCAGAAGUGUUCCAUUGAAAUUAAUCGUCUGGACCUGGGUCUGGUUGUGGAGGUGUGGAAUAAAGGACUCAUCUGGGACACCUUGAUAGGAACUGCAUGGAUCCCACUUAACACCAUCCACACGUCAGAUGAGGAGGGGCCUGGAGAAUGGACCUCACUGGAUUCUGAGGUUCUGAUGAAGGAAGAUGAGAUAUAUGGUACUAAAAACCCCACUCCUCACCAAGUGCUGCUGGACACACGCUUCGAGCUUCCUUUUGAUAUCCCUGAUGACGAGGCCCAGUAUUGGACUAAAAAGCUGGAGCGUAUCAAUUCUAUGAGAAUACAUGAUGAGUAUUCACUGCCAGAUGAAGCACAGAGAAGACAACUUCCCUCAGUGCCCUCCCAAUGCUGCAAUUGGACAUACUUUGGAUGGAGUAAUCAGCAGACCUUUGAUGACCAUGACAGUGCUGUCGAUGACAGGGACAGUGAUUACCGCAGUGAGACAAACAGCAGGCCUCCACGAUACCACACAACAGCCCAACCCAAUUCCUCACUCCAUCAGUAUCCUAUUGGCCAACGAUUACAGCAUCAGGCUUUGUCAAAAGACUCUAGGACAGACUAUCUCCAGAGCUAUGACUUGGAUUAUAGAGAAGGAAGAGAACAGAGCCCAGUGGACUGUUCUCGUUUUGGGUCUUUUGGUAACCUUAGCCAGGUCAGUUCCCAGUUCAGCUCUGAACAAGAAGAACAAAGCUAUUCAGAUACUCAGAUCAGGCCUUCUGCUGUCAUUCAACACCUUCCAGCCUCAGAUGACAAAGAAAAAGGGGAGAGUGUGAUACAAGCAAGUGUGGAGAAAGAAGUAAAAGAGCAGAGUGUGCCCAAGCCUCCUGCUAAUCAAGGGAGAAAGCCAGAGAGGCAGCACAGUUUCUGUGUGGUUGGCCCACCUCCUUUCUCUCCAUCUCGCCUGCGUUGGUUGAAGGCUAUCAAUAAAGUCAGAGUUAAGCUGAAUGAGCUCCACAGCAAAGGAGUAGGGUGUCUCUCUGCAGAGCAGCAUAGAGAGCAUGCCUCUCCUUGCCCAAUCACUUUAACCACGUCAUCAGAGAUGUUCUCCCGCAACCACUACAAAGGACAGGAUGGCACAGAGGCCCCUCAGUAUCCACGACCCAAAAAGAAAUCUGCAGUGCCAAAAAGAAGACAGCCAAAUCCCAGAGUUGCUCUGGUUUUGCGUGGGAAAAUCCAUCGUUUCUUGCAUGGAUCUGCUGAUCAUACUGUCCAGCCUUCUGGGCUUUACAGUGCUGGAAUUGAAGAAGAGGAUGAGGAGGGGGAAGAAGAUGUUGAAAAGUUGCAAUACUACUACAGGAGAGAAUUGGCUUCAACAGAGGUCUGCUGCUCACCUCAGGUUUCAAAUGGACAUGGGCUGGGAUCAGUUUCUGGGGCACCAUGUGUAGGGGAGGUGGAGCUAAAUCGAGAGGGAGGUGUCAGGAUUCCUUGCACUUUGCAGUACAACAGUAGUUCGGCAGUGGUUCAGAAUCAAAUGACACAAGGUCUAAAUGGAACUGAAUUUUCUUCAGGGAGGGGGCUCAUUGAUGGGGAGCUUAAAAGACAGAAAGACUCACUAAUAUACAGGAUAAAUAUGACUAUGCAGGAUAAAAUCGUUGAGGGGAAUAAUGAGGACUGUCAAGAGAAAGAAUCAAGUGCCAUCAUUGAGCACAUACUUAAGGAAUUGCGAGGGAUCAAUAAAAUUCAAGAGGAGAUUUCAGACUUAAGAGAGUACUUGACAUCUGUACGUGGGUCUGUUGAGGAGGUCUCCAGCUGUGUAGAUGCCGUCCUAAUGGAGAUUGAAUCUAUGCGGUCUGGAACCAAAUCUGGUGUGGAGACCUGGCCUGGGGCAAUGGGUGGCACAGAAGGGCCCUCCUACCAUCACAAAUCAAACAGUAAUUUUGCAGUUGAAUCAACAAACAGCUGCAUUGAUAUCCUCUCUGAAUAUGAAGUUUUUGGACAGUGCAAAGAGGUUCCAAGCCAGGAAUCAGCAUUUAGGGGCUCAAAUCAGCCAUUUAGAUCCCAGUUCAUAUUCACUAGUGCUCAGACUUCAAAACACAAUGAACCCGGUCAAUUCACACAAAAAGCACCUGAUGAAAGGGAAAAUAUACCUGAAGGUACAGGGAAAAGAAAGGUCAGCUUUGGUUACCUUGAGCGUCAGGACGGACAGGACUGUCCCAGCACCAGUUCUCUAUCUUCAGGUCAAAGUUCCAAGUCUGAGUCUUAUCCAGAGAGACCCACCUCUGAGAAGUGCAACACUGGGGUUGAAAGUCAGUACUGGAAUACAGUGCGAUUUAAACACAGUAUGAGUGGAGAGACUGGAUGGAGUGAAGAUGAUUCCUGCUCCAGACAAUGCAGUUUUGAAGAGGCAGAGUGCUGCAAAGGUGAAGUGGGCAGCUGGGUCACAUCAAGAGUCGGGAAUACAUGUACAAUGGGCAUCUCAGAUCAAAUAUCUAUCUUAUCUGGUAAGCACAACAAUUCCCCUGCUAGUACUUGCAGUACAGAGGAUUGGAGGACUUUGAAGCAGUACAAUGUGGAUAUGCUCCCUGAAGGACAUAUUUUGAGCUACCAUAAUUGCACAGGAGAUUGUGGCUGUCCUCAGAGCUCUGUUUAUCAAACUGACAUUUAUGGGAAUGAAAAAGUAUAUGCAUCAUCUGUGUCUCUAAGUAACAACUUGACUAUGACUGAAUUUAAAGCAGGCUUUCAUGAAUCGUCCUCCUGUUUGAAUUGCCCAUUAAAGGUUGCCUUUAAAAGUGAGUCAAUAGAAAGUGUGACUGUUGAGCCAUCCAACAAACCAUUAACAAUGGACAGGAAUCUUCUUUAUGAAUGCACAUCAUUCUAUAAUCAAAAUGUCCCUGCUUGGGAGCCUGACUCAACUGAUGCCAGUAAUGUGGCCUCUAAUGUAAAAAAGUUUGGUAAAGCAGUUCUUGACAUUAAAACUGCCUUGCGGGGUGCGUUGAAGAAGCUGGAUGGAACUACUGCAACAUUGCCUGGUGAAAAAGUUGAAGCCAGUCCACCCAUAUCCCUAAGAGAGGACCAACAAGUAAUGAUAAAUGUCCAGAGUAUAGAAACACCAAAUGUAGAGACACCUCAGAUAGUGACAUUUUGUGUGGAGUCUCCACAAACAGGGACGCAUAAUUCAAAGCAGUCUCAAGCCACAAAUACUGCGAGUGGCUUUAUGGAGACACCUGAAUGCUUCUCCACCCAAGCAAAACCAGAAUCAGAUGCUGGAGACAGUGAACACCAGCAUAAUACUGAAGAUUCAGAAGAUCCAACAUCUUCAAGGUUGGACUCAACCACCAGUGAUUGCACCUAUGUUCACUUACCACAGUGCCUCAGCACAGACCACAUCCCAGCCUCUAUCUCCUCUGAAGAACUAGCAGUUGAAAAGGAGCAAGGAACACUAGCAGGGGAAACGCAGCCUUCCGCCGAAUCCUGUAAUGAAGAUGGAGGAAGUGAAGCAGAGCUUAGUCGGAGGGAUGCACGUCGUUUAAAGUGCCUCAGGAGUUUCCAACAGAUCCUUAGGGAGAAACGAGAGUCCAAAAGAAAUCUCUAUAUGGUGACCAUGUCAACAUUUUCUGAGGAUGAUUUUAAUCCAGAUGGCAACCGGGAUGAAGAUCAGAAUAUCAAUGGAGACCACAUCAAACAUCCAUGGACCAAACCUAGCGGAGAAGGAAUAUUUGGCAUUGAUAGCAUGCCUGAUCUUAGAAAGAAGAAGCCUAUCCCAUUUGUUAGCGAAGUGUCUCUGGUGCAGUCCAGGAAGGCAGGGAUAUCACACGCAUUAGCUGUACGCUCAUCACUGAAGGAUGAAGAACUGAAGAGUCAUGUGUACAAGAAGACCCUCCAGGCUCUGAUUUACCCUAUUUCUUGCACAACACCCCAUAACUUUGAAGUAUGGACGGCCACCACACCCACCUACUGCUACGAGUGUGAGGGUUUGUUGUGGGGUAUUGCGCGGCAAGGGAUGCGCUGUUCGGAGUGUGGAGUCAAAUGCCACGAAAAAUGCCAGGAGCUCCUCAACGCAGACUGUUUGCAGAGAGCUGCUGAGAAGAGCUCCAAAACAGGAGCUGAGGAUAAAACCCAGCAUAUCAUCUCAGCCAUGAAGGACCGCAUGAAGGUCAGAGAGAGGAACAAGCCAGAAAUCUUUGAGAUGAUCAGGCUUGUGUUCAGUGUGACCAAACUGAACCAUGCACAGCAGAUGAAGGCCAUUAAACAGACUGUGCUUGAUGGAACCUCCAAAUGGUCUGCCAAGAUCUCGAUCACAGUGUUGAGUGCUCAAGGCCUGCAGGCUAAAGACAGAACUGGUUCCAGUGAUCCAUAUGUGACUGUUCAGGUUGGAAAGACCAAGAAGAGAACCAAAACUAUCUAUGGUAACCUCAACCCUGUGUGGGAGGAAACAUUCAACUUCGAGUGCCACAAUUCAUCUGACCGUAUUAAACUGCGUGUAUGGGAUGAAGAUGACGAUAUAAAAUCUCGGGUAAAGCAACGUCUGAAGAGGGAAUCAGAUGACUUUUUGGGUCAGAGCAUAAUUGAGGUCCGAACUCUCAGCGGAGAAAUGGACGUCUGGUAUAACCUUGAAAAACGAACAGACAAGUCAGCAGUGUCAGGGGCCAUCAGACUGCAGAUCAGUGUGGAAAUUAAAGGGGAGGAGAAAGUGGCCCCUUAUCAUGUUCAAUACACUUGCCUGCAUGAGAAUAUCUUUCACUACAUAACUGACAUUGAAGGACAGGGCAUGGUGAAGCUGCCUGCAGCAUGUGGAGAUGAUGCCUGGAAGGUCUACUUCGAUGAGGUUGCUCAAGACAUUGUAGAUGAGUUUGCCAUGCGUUACGGAAUAGAAUCCAUCUAUCAAGCCAUGACGCACUUUGCAUGUCUGUCAUCAAAGUACAUGUUGCCUGGUGUCCCUGCAGUGAUGAGCACGCUCCUGGCCAACAUCAAUGCAUUCUGCGCUCAUCCCACCACAGUCACCAAUGUCUCUGCUUGUGACCGCUUCACUGCCUCCAACUUUGGGAAAGAUCGGUUUGUUAGACUCCUGGAUCAGCUCCAUAACUCUCUCCGCAUUGACCUGUCAACAUACAGAAAUAAUUUCCCAGCAAGCAGUAAACAUCGUAUGGAUGAUCUUAAAUCCACAGUGGAUUUAUUAACUAGCAUUACAUUCUUCAGACUGAAGGUCUUGGAAUUGCAGUCUCCUCCGCGUGCAGCUCAUGUAGUCAGGGAUUGUGUGAAAGCGUGCCUUAAUUCUACAUACGAGUACAUCUUUAACAACUGUCAAGAUUUGUACAACAGGCAGUUCCAGCUGGCUGCAGAGCCUAAUCCAAAAGAAAAGAACGAGGGAGAGGAGGAUGAAGAAGAGGAAGAGAUGGAGAGAGAGAAAAAAGAGGACAAUUCUACCAUGGAGGAACCUGGACCAAGCAUACAGAACCUGGACUUCUGGCCCAAACUCAUCACCUUAAUAGUGUCCAUCAUAGAGGAGGACAGGAACUCUUACAACCCAACAAUAAACCAGUUUCCUCAGGAGCUGAAUGUGGGGAAGGUCAGUGCUGAAGUUAUGUGGACACUCUUUGCUCAGGACAUAAAGUAUGCCCUGGAAGAGCAUGAAAAGCUGAGGUUGUGUAAAAUUGCGGACUACAUGAAUCUGCAUUUCAAAGUUAAAUGGCUCUACAACGAGUAUGCCCAUGACCUACCUGCCUUUUCCGACAUCAUCCCAGAGUACCCAUCGUGGUUUCUGUCAUUUGUUCUGCAAUGGCUGGCUGAGAAUGAGGAAGUGUCAAUGGAAUUUAUGCAUGGGGCUCUUGAGAGAGAUAAAAGAGAGGGAUUCCAGCAGACAUCUGAACAUGCUCUGUUCUCCAGUUCGGUGGUGGACAUUUUCACUCAGCUCAACCAGAGCUUUGAGAUCAUCAAGAAACUAGACUGUCCCAAUCCUGCUGUUGUAGCCCAAUACAACCAACGUUUUGCCAAGACUAUCACCAAAGUGCUCCUGCAGUAUUGUACUAUUCUAAGCAAGAGCUUCUCUUCCUACUGUGAGAAACAGAAGACCCCCUGUGUGUUGAUGAAUAAUGUUCAACAGAUGCGUGUGAUGUUGGAAAAGAUGUUUGAAUCUAUGGGGGCCAAACAGCUUGACACAGAGGCAGCAGACAUCCUCAAUGACCUGCAAGGGAAGCUUCAUUCUGUUCUAGAUAGCCUGAGUGCCAUGUUUUCAAAGAGUUUCCAGGCCCGUUUAAAUGUCUGCAUGCGGCAGAUGGCGGAGAUCGUGUACCAGAUAAAAGGUCCUCUAAAUCAGAACACUCGUAACACAGCAGAGGCUGAUGCGGAUAACGCUCUGAGACCACUUAUGGAGUUCCUUGAUGCAAACCUUAGCAUCUUUGCGGACAUAUGUGAGAAGACGGUGUUGAAGCGUGUGCUGAAAGACCUCUGGAGGAACGUUUUGAUCUGCAUGGAGAAAACCAUUGUGUUGCCUCAAAGUAGCGACAGUAUUGGAUCUCUUUUUACUGCUGCUAAGGAACUCUCUAAACUAAAGGGAGGGGUGGAGCCAAAGAGCUUGUCACCUAGACAAUGUGUGGUCAUGGAGGUGGCACUGGAUGCAAUCAAGCUGUUCUUCCAUGCUGGUGGGAAUGGUUUAAAAAAAGCAUAUCUGGAGAAAAGCCCUGAGCUGUCAUCACUGCGUUAUGCUCUCUCCCUCUACACACAGACCACAGAUGCUCUUAUCAAGACAUUUGUGACAACACAACAUGCUCAGGGUCAAAAUGGUAUGGACAUCAGGAUCACCCCCAAAGAGAAUGUUCGACCUGACAGAGGCUCUGGGGUUGAGCGGCCAAUAGGGGAAGCAGUGAUCCAGCUGGAUUUGUCGCCCCCAGCUGGCAACACUGAGCUGAAACUCAACAUCAGAGUGAUUGCAGUAAAUGACAUGAAAUGGCAGACUUCAGGGAUGUUUCGUCCAUUUGUUGAGGUUAACCUGGUUGGCCCACAGCUUACAGAGAAGAAACGAAAGUUUACAACCAAAUCUAAAAACAACUGCUGGACAGCAAAUUACAACGAGGCCUUCCAGUUUGUGUUGGGUAAAGCCUUGAGUCUGGACUGUUAUGAGAUUCAGAUAACUGUAAAGGAUUACUGUUUCGGGCGUGCAGACCGGGUAGUUGGGAUCGCAGUACUGCAGUUGCGUGACGUAGCAGACCGGAAGAGCUGCGUGUGCUGGUGUCCUUUGGGCCCAAGUAUCAACAUGGACGAAACCGGGACCACCGCACUACGAAUUCUCUCUCAGCGCUCAGCUGAUGAGAUCGCCAAAGAUUUUGUCAAACUGAAAUCUGAAUCUAGACCAGCUGAGGAGGGCAGGUGAAGAUAGGAAAAAGAGAUAGCAAGUUGACUUCUUCAGUCGGUCAUAUUGAUAAAAACUGGCUUGUUAAAAUAGACUAAAAUAGAGAAGAAAGGUAUAGAGAGACAUUAGACUUUGAUAAUAUUGGACAGUGUGACUGACAAAUGACUUCCUGACUAUAUCUUACAAACACAUACAAUCAUAAAUUGUACACAAAAGGACCCACGCUGUUUCUGAAAUUGUGUAUGUUUUUUUAAAGCCUUAAAAGUUACAUAACUGUUUGACUGGCUUUGCAUCUGUGUUUAAGACGGUCCGCUAUGCUAGAUGAGGUGUUUGCAAUGAGAAGAGAGUAACAAAGUUAUAAUUUUGAAGAAUUAGAUAAUUUGAGGUUAUUAAAGCAUAUUGCAAGGCUUUGUGACUAAAUAUUACCUGUGACAUUUCAGAAAAUGUGUAUGCCACAUUUCAAAUAUAAGAAGGUCUGAGAGUUGUUUUGCCAAAUCGGAAGUCUAUGGGCUCAUUCAACACUUUUCUUUGUGGCCUUCUGAGUAAGAGGUGUCUUAUAGAAGGGGAAGUGGUUAUUUUCAUUAAUCCCAUCAUUGGCUGCUUAACCUCUGACUGACACAAAUGCACAUUUAGUAACACACUCUUUUUCAUUGGUCUAAUCACUAAUAUGCUCGUAAAUUCACAAUGACAGGAAUGUAAUAUCUUGAAAACAUUAUCCAUUUUUAGCUUGAAAGAUGUUUCUGUUCAACUUGUGGUAAAACUAUUUCAAAGGCAAUUGUCAUUUCCAUUAGUUUGGAAGAGAUUUGCGUUCGUUAAUGAAUGCCAAAAAAUAAAUAACUAAAAUACAUCCAUAGACCAACCAGUAGUGCCAGCCAAUGAGAUGGGAGGUAUGAAACUGUGUUUACCUUGUGCCAAGUAGUUUGUAUGCUCACUUUUUUGGGGUCUAAUGGAGGUAUGUAUUUUGUUUUUGUAUGUUUGUUUUUUUUCUUUAUUGGAUAUAUGCACAACCAAACAGAUGUACACAUAAUCUGUAAAGUAGACCACCACGUGUGCACGUUUUAAGUGUAAAAAUUUCAAAUAAGAGUAUUUGGUCAUGUUUUUUUCAUGUUUGGUUAAAAUGUGAGAAGCUAUUUAUGUAUUUUAAACAAUGAACAAGAUCAUAGGGAUUGCAUAUAACUUGUAUCGAUAUUUGGAAUUGUUUAUAAAUGAUUUAUGAAUGAAUCUCUUUUAAUGAAUAGCUAAUCUUUUCGUCCGUGAAAGUUUUGAUUCUGAAUGUCAUCCCUUUGCUACUAAGCAGAAGAAUUCUAAACUUAAGUGGAACAAAUAAUUGAUGCUGGAUGUGUCUAUACAUAUGUACAGUACCUGUCAAAAGUGUGGGCACACCUACUAAUUCUGUUUUAUUACUAUUUUCCACAUUUUUUAGUAUAACAGUGAAAUCAUUAAAACUAUGA